AUGGACUGCUUUGAGGAUCUAUCAUUUCAAUCAUCACAGAGUCUGGAACUCAAGUGCUCAGAGUCUGUGCGGCUGGUUGGAGGCUCUGGUCUCUGCUCUGGAUCACUGCAGAUCUGGAACCAGUCCUGGACCUCGGUCUGUGAAGGGGCCUUGGACCUGAGGGGAGCAGAGGUGCUGUGCAGGGAGCUGGACUGUGGCGCUCCUUCUAUCCUCCAGGGGGCGCUCUCUCCUUCUGUCCUCCAGGGGGCGCCCUCUCCUUCUUUCCUCCGGGGGGCACUCUCUCCUCUGGGGCCAACGUUCCACUGUGAGGGCCAUGAGUCUGCUCUGAUGGACUGUCCCCGCUCCAGACCCAAGACCUGCUCCUCUGGACCCAGUGUGCACAUCACCUGCUCAGGGCCUCUCGGUCUGAGGCUGGAGGGAGGAGCCGGCCGCUGUCAGGGGGAGGUGCAGCUGCAGGGACCAGGUCUGGACUGGACUACAGUGGAUCCAGAAGAUGUUAUUCUGGAGUUUGGAUCCAGAAUCUGCUCUGCUCUGGACUGUGGUUCCGCUCUGUCUGUGAGGGAAAGACCAAACUCUAAACAAAAAUCUGUGAUAGUCAAAUAUAAUUGUGAGGAGACUGAACUGAUGGACUGCUUUAAGGAUCCAUCAUUUCCAUCACAGAGUCUGGAACUCAAGUGCUCAGAUGUUUGUGAUGAAGUCCUCUCUGUCUCAGAGUCUGUGCGGCUGGUUGGAGGCUCUGGUCUCUGCUCUGGAUCACUGCAGAUCUGGGACCAGUCCUGGACCUCGGUCUGUGAAGGGGCCUUGGACCUGAGGGGAGCAGAGGUGCUGUGCAGGGAGCUGGACUGUGGCGCUCCUUCUGUCCUCCAGGGGGCGCUCUCUCCUUCUGUCCUCCAGGGGGCACUCUCUCCUCUGGGGCCAACGUUCCACUGUGAGGGCCAUGAGUCUGCUCUGAUGGACUGUCCCCGCUCCAGACCCAAGACCUGCUCCUCUGGACCCAGUGUGAACAUCACCUGCUCAGGUGAGAGGGGCGGGGCUCAGGUGAGGUGGUGGGGCUCAGGUGAGAGGGGCGGGGCUCAGGUGAGGUGGUGGGGCUCAGGUGAGAGGGGCGGGGCUCAGGUGAGGUGGUGGGGCUCAGGUGAGAGGGGCGGGGCUCAGGUGAGGUGGUGGGGCUCAGAGCCGGUGAGGCUGAUGAGAGGGGCCCGUCGCUGUGCUGGGACCGUGGAGGUCAGAAAGAGCGGAGAAUGGAGACCAGUGUCUAAACCCUGGGUCCACUGGACCCUGGGUCACACUGAGGCCGUCUGCAGAGACCUGGACUGUGGAUCUCUUGUUUCUGUAGAAGAGCAUUAUUCACAGACUAGUACCUGGGAGAUCUCCGUGGGCUGCGUGAAGAGGAGGAAGUCUGCAGUGAGAGAGUGUCUUGAUGCCUCAGAUUACUCUGAUGGCCCGGUUCUGGGGGUGGUGUGUUCAGUUUCAUCCAUUCUCAAACAUGAGAGGAUACAGAGCAGUACAGGACACAGAGCACUACAGGACACAGAGCAGUACAGGACACAGAGCAGUACAGGAUACAGAGCAGUACAGGAUACAGAGCAGUACAGGACACAGAGCAGUACAGGACACAGAGCAGUACAGGAUACAGAGCAGUACAGGAUACAGAGCAGUACAGGAUACAGAGCACUACAGGACACAGAGCACUACAGGACACAGAGCACUACAGGACACAGAGCAGUACAGGACACAGAGCAGUACAGGAUACAGAGCAGUACAGGAUACAGAGCAGUACAGGACACAGAGCAGUACAGGAUACAGAGCAGUACAGGAUACAGAGCAGUACAGGAUACAGAGCAGUACAGGACACAGAGCAGUACAGGACACAGAGCAGUACAGGAUACAGAGCAGUACAGGAUACAGAGCAGUACAGGACACAGAGCACUACAGGACACAGAGCAGUACAGGAUACAGAGCAGUACAGGAUACAGAGCAGUACAGGAUACAGAGCAGUACAGGAUACAGAGCAGUACAGGACACAGAGCAGUACAGGAUACAGAGCAGUACAGGACACAGAGCAGUACAGGACACAGAGCAGUACAGGACACAGAGCACUACAGGACACAGAGCAGUACAGGAUACAGAGCACUACAGGACACAGAGCAGUACAGGACACAGAGCAGUACAGGACACAGAGCAGUACAGGACACAGAGCAGUACAGGAUACAGAGCAGUACAGGAUACAGAGCAGUACAGGACACAGAGCACUACAGGACACAGAGCAGUACAGGAUACAGAGCAGUACAGGACACAGAGCAGUACAGGAUACAGAGCAGUACAGGAUACAGAGCAGUACAGGAUACAGAGCAGUACAGGACACAGAGCAGUACAGGACACAGAGCAGUACAGGAUACAGAGCACUACAGGACACAGAGCAGUACAGGAUACAGAGCAGUACAGGACACAGAGCAGUACAGGACACAGAGCAGUACAGGAUACAGAGCACUACAGGACACAGAGCAGUACAGGAUACAGAGCAGUACAGGAUACAGAGCAGUACAGGACACAGAGCACUACAGGACACAGAGCAGUACAGGAUACAGAGCAGUACAGGACACAGAGCAGUACAGGAUACAGAGCAGUACAGGAUACAGAGCAGUACAGGAUACAGAGCAGUACAGGACACAGAGCAGUACAGGACACAGAGCAGUACAGGACACAGAGCAGUACAGGAUACAGAGCAGUACAGGACACAGAGCAGUACAGGACACAGAGCAGUACAGGAUACAGAGCAGUACAGGAUACAGAGCAGUACAGGACACAGAGCACUACAGGACACAGAGCAGUACAGGAUACAGAGCAGUACAGGAUACAGAGCAGUACAGGAUACAGAGCAGUACAGGAUACAGAGCAGUACAGGACACAGAGCAGUACAGGAUACAGAGCAGUACAGGACACAGAGCAGUACAGGACACAGAGCAGUACAGGACACAGAGCACUACAGGACACAGAGCAGUACAGGAUACAGAGCACUACAGGACACAGAGCAGUACAGGACACAGAGCAGUACAGGACACAGAGCCGUACAGGACACAGAGCAGUACAGGAUACAGAGCAGUACAGGAUACAGAGCAGUACAGGACACAGAGCACUACAGGACACAGAGCAGUACAGGAUACAGAGCAGUACAGGACACAGAGCAGUACAGGAUACAGAGCAGUACAGGAUACAGAGCAGUACAGGAUACAGAGCAGUACAGGACACAGAGCAGUACAGGACACAGAGCAGUACAGGAUACAGAGCACUACAGGACACAGAGCAGUACAGGAUACAGAGCAGUACAGGACACAGAGCAGUACAGGACACAGAGCAGUACAGGAUACAGAGCACUACAGGACACAGAGCAGUACAGGAUACAGAGCAGUACAGGAUACAGAGCAGUACAGGAUACAGAGCACUACAGGAUACAGAGCAGUACAGGAUACAGAGCAGUAG